GUAACUUAUUUUUGGACAAUAUUAGAUUGUACUUGAUAAUGUAUUAGUGUACAAUAUAUUGUAUGAAAAAUUUUAUCAAAAAAUACCACAUAUUGGAAUCAUUUAUUGAGGUACUUGGGGUGACCAGCAUUUACUAAUAGUAUUUUUUCAUCUAUUAUAAUAUAGUAAUCUAAUUGCUAUGUAUUUAUCAUAUAAUAUUCUGAAUAAUUAUGCAAGAAUUCGUACCUGCCAAUGUCUAACAAUUUGGAUAAUUAAAAUGAAAAUGAAAAAUCAAAUAGGGAUUUCCCUUGGUUAAUCCCCAAAACAUUACAGAUUAACAAUGAAAGAUGGUGCAAUAGAACGAUUCUCCUAUGAAUAAUAUUCCUAAAAUUUUACAGACCGUAACCAUGAUUCGAAUCUAUGCAUAUGGGUGUGCGUGGGAACCUUUAUGUUGAAGAGUGACAAUUUUACCUUGUAUUGUUACUUUUUCUUACUUAUUUACAGUUAGGACUAAGUUAUUAAAACACAUAAUGCAACAAAACAUGUGAAAUUAAGUCAACAAAUAUUUUGAUAUUGAGGAAGUUGAAACACUACCGUUGCUAAAAUGGCGUACUUGCAUAAGGAACCCAUUGAUUCCUCUGCUACAAUGCUAAAGAAUCUCUUUGUCAGAGAUCGGGAAAAAGGUCAAUAUUUGAUCUGUGAAUUAUUAGAUUUGAUGAUGGAACCGAAACAUCAAGCUUUUAUUGAAAGGAGAGAAGACCUAGCUGGUUGGGUGAAAGCACUUUUCACUACUGAGAAAUCGUUUGAAGAGUUCUGUAGUAAAGUUUCAGUUUAUGACAAGUCACCAUACUGUGGAUGCGUCUGGACAAAAGAUUUUGUUGCUUAUCGAUGCAAGACCUGUGCAACAUCACCGUGCAUGUCAGUCUGUGCUGCCUGUUUUGAAAAAGGAAAUCAUGAAGGUCAUGAAUACAACAUAUUUCGAAGUGAGGCUGGUGGAGCAUGUGAUUGUGGUGAUGCAAGUGUAAUGAAGGAAUCUGGUUUCUGCAGCAGACAUGGAGUCAACAGAGUUGUACCUGAUGACUUGCCAGCAAGUCUCCUGACUCUACCUAAGUUGAUCAUGGAAAGAAUACUGAUCAUGCUUCUUCAUAGCCUUCGAUAUUUGGUGAAAAAUUCAAUUCUGGAGUCUUCUUUUCCCUCAAAAAUCCCAGAUCCACUUUGUGAAAGUCUUGAUAUUUUCAUUGAAGCAAUCAAGUGUGGUUCUCCAGUCAGAAGUUGGGUUGCUGAUCUUCUGUUGUCUGAAGAUUAUUACCAUAAACUAACUGCCAAUCAACAUUUUGGCGGUGUUGUUACUCCAGAUAUGAAAGCUUAUCACGAAGAAUGUCUGAAUUGGCUUCCCGAGGCCGUCAAGAGGUUACCAAUGUGCUACAUACCAGAUGAAAUACAGGAUAAAGAGAGAUUUAGUCGUAGUAAAUUUGUCUACAAGAACUUACUGCAAGAGUUAAUGUUCUGGGUUUGCAGAUUUGAAUUUCCAGAGCAUUUGAUCUUGUUUAUUCUAAACAUGUUGCCAGAUGCAAGAAUCAAGCGAGAAUUUGCUCGAUAUUUUGUUCAGCAUUAUAUUUUUGUUGCUCCAUCACUCAGUGGAGCGUUGCAUGUUGAUGAUUAUUCAAACAGGAUUGUUCACAUCUCUGUCCAAUUGUUCAGCAACAGUGAAUUGGCAUAUUUACUCGCUAAAGAAGAAGCUUUACUAGAGAUGUUCAUGAUUUCCAUCAAUUUCAUGGUGACAAAAAAACUUAUCGAUUCAAAGACUGGUGAAUCUGAUUUCCAUCAAACAGUGUCAGUACAAGGUGAUGGAUUGCGUAAUAAUGCAUACUGGGCGAUCGUGUCAGAUCUUGUGAAUUGUCUCAGUCACAAUGAAGUUGCAAGAUUGUUUUUGAACAAUGAUGAUUCAUUGAAAAUAUGGAUGAGGAUUCUGACAUGCUUCAGUGGAAUGAAUUUAACAACUCGACAAACUGAUAGACAUAUUGAAUAUGAUCCACAAAACAUAUUACUUGCAUUCUACAGUGAACGAGAGGCUUGUGCUUCACCUUUGUGGGUUGUAUUGGAUGUUUUGAGGGAUGCGAGUAAUCUUGAUCUUUCUAUGAAAGUGAUCGAAAUGUGUAAAGAAACGAUUAUUGAACUACUGGACGCUCUCGGUGCAGAUGAUCCCAAAGGCACUGGAAUACCUUUCCACAGAGUUAGCUUCCAUUAUCCAAUUCACAGAUAUUUUGCCCUUUUCGUGGCAAACGCUAUCGGCAGACAAGGUUUGAGAAUUAGUGACUUGGACAUAAACCAGAAUUUAGCUAGAAGACUAUUGGGACAUCCUAUGCAGGUAUUAUGCACAGCACACGAGAUUCAAUGCAACAUGUGGGUUCGUAAUGGAUUGAACAUGUCAACACAACAACUUGCAUACAGACAAUCUUUCUUUUGCACAUUUUUCAUUGAUGCUGAUUUAUUUAUGCUUCAGCUUCUUUCCUGCUACAUGAGUCCUGAUAUAUUUGUUUCAUCUGUUUUCGAUCGUUGUCGAGUGACAAAUUGUUUGACAGUUGAACCAGAAACUCCACCCAUUCAACAGUCUUCUCAUGGUGCAGAAGGUCAACCCGAACCUGAUAGACUCCAUAGAAUGUUUGAAUCAGCUUUCACUCUUCUGUUGUCUGUUCUCAGUAUCCAAACUCAAUUGGGGAUUUCAGACAAAACUAUCAUUGAAAAUGAGCUUGUUGCAGUGCUAAGUACGCAGAAUUGGACGCACAGUGGUUUGAUGGAACAUAUUCCGCAAUGUCAUGAUAUGCAUGCUGGAGAAAAAUCAAAACGUUUCACGGAACCCCUGACAAAAGCUAUCGAUGAAUUGUCUGUCACUGUUGAAGGUGAUGCAAUGACACAAACGGAAUAUUCACUACGUGAUGAAGCAUGGCGAAGAUAUGAUCCUAUCUUUACAACACAUAGAGCACUGUACAAGAAAAACGUUCAACAGGCGCAUACCAACUACUUUAAAUAUCUUCAACGUUGUCAUAAACUUCCUUCAAGCAUUUUGGAAUCAUCGGUAUGGACGCCCUAUUGCUCAAUCCGUAUUGUUGAUGAACGUUACUCUCAACUGAAUAACUUACUCAACUGCAGGACUUUACACACUGCCAUAUUCAUGGUUAUUUACAAAUAUCUUCACAAACAUACUGCAGUCACAGAACAGACCUUGUGUAUGGCGAUCACAAUUCUUGAAGGUGCAUUGUUUGCUUCUCUAAGAGAAAAUGAUGAUGGUUUGGAAGUAGAAACUGAAAAACCAUCAAGCUCUCCAAACCAAAAAACUUCAGACAGAGAUGCAGAAUGGCAAAAGAUGUUGACAAUGUGGUUUAAAACCAACAACAUGACGACAAACAUUCGGCAAGUGAUUGAUCAGGUUCAAAUAACUUGGCAAGAAACUUUUCACGAUGCAAUGGAAACUGAUGAACAACUGAAUAAUCAGCCUGAAGUUGAUCCAGAAGAACCUGAAAGAUGCAUCGUAAUACAGGAAAGCAUUAUUACGAUGCUGAUCAAGCUACAUACAAGGUUUUCAGGAGUCAAGAACUCUUUCGUCUUUCCUGCUGAAUUUGUUCCCGAUCUUGAUCCUCCUAAUCCGAUUCCUCCGACGCCAGUAAAAGUCAUCGAAAAAAUAUUGCUAUUUGCUGCAUCGAAAAGCCCUCACAAUCAGAAGGUGAUCGUUGAUAUCUGUGGUACUGCCGCAGUUUCUUCUCCUUCAGUUAGUGAUGAUAAAACGAGAUAUGAAUCUGAACGAGAGAGACGUAAACAAGCUGCACUGGACAUGCAACAGAGAUUAUUAAAGGAAUUUGCAAGCAAACAAAAGAAAUUUCUCGAGCAAGUUGAAAUGGAUUUGGAUUUGCCUGCUGAUCCAGAAGCUGAAGUAGAAAUGGAAACAAAUGUUGUUGAUGAUAAUAGAUAUGAUUGUGUUAUUUGUGGUGCUAGUGAAGAUAGUACUAUUAAUAUUGUUGGAAGUACAGACGCUGAACGUACAAACAGUGCGAAAUCACAAAUUAUGGGAAUGGUUGCUCUUGUACAAUCGUCAUCUUUACUCGGAUUCAGAACUGAAUCUGAUGAACUGAGACCUCUCAGACCCGUCGAUUCCAACAUAAAACCAACGGAAACUUGCAGAAAAUUUAAUCGCGAACAUCAUGAAAAUUUGAAGAUGAAAUUCCCACAAGAAAUUGGUUCAUUCACUCUCGGAACUAAUAUAGACUGGGAAUGGGCACCUCAAGUUUCAACUUGUGGUCAUCACCUGCAUGUUUCUUGUUACCAUGAUUACAUGAAGUGGGUAAAACGAGAUGAAACCGGUUACCUCCGGUUUGAGGAAGGAUUGGGAUUUCAAUGCCCUUUCUGUCGACAAACUUCAAAUUUAGUUGUACCAUGCAAUGUGCAACAGGAAAGACCUGUACCGCCUGAGAGUUUAAGAAAGUUACUGAAACCGCAUGUUCCGGAUAGGACCUUGUCCACGGAAGAUCAAGAUUUCCAAAAGUCACUUUGGGAAAUCGACAAUUUAAUUGUAUCGAACGUGCCCAUCAGAACAAUAAGAAUGCCUGAAUCUCAGGUAAACCAAGAAUCCAGUUCUGAAGUUGAAGGAUCCCCUAUUGACCCCGUUCGUAUGAUUGAUGUCAAUGUUCUAUCUGUUGAUGAAAUUCUUAAAGCUUGUCAAGAUUCAACUGAAGCAAUUUUAGCUGAAAAUAGAAUAGUGUUAGACAAAGAUGCUACAAUGCAACUGACUUCUCGUGGUGUUUUCCAAGGACAAUUAGAAUAUGAAUUGUGUACUUUUGGCGGAACACUAUUGCUUGAGAAGAAACCGCCACAAUUGAGUGUUGUGCAGAGAAAGAUACCCAUUGGCCCGUUAUUCCAUGUUCUGGCAAAAACAAUUCGAGUUACUGGAGACAAACCAAACAAUGAAUAUACCAAAAAAAUUUGGAAUCAACUUACUGGAUCUUUAUUGAAAGUGAAGGAAACAAGCGACUGCCCGCUGCUUAUGAAAGAUCCGAUUGCACUUUUGAUUGAGCUUUGUGUAUCUAUAUAUCCAUUUACAAUAGAAGAAUAUCAGACAGUUGUUCGUGUGUUGUACAAUCUAUCACUCGUUCAAGCAUUGGUACAAAUCAGUUGCAAAUUUUCACCAGAAGAAAGAAGAGCAUGGAAAUCUAAUGUCAGUGCAUCUCUUGGUGGAAUUCCCUUCGAUGCUGAUAAACUAGAUUGUCUCCUUGGUCAAGUCAUUGCUUGUCUACCAAAGUCAUUAUUUAAUGAUGACGUAGCAGAAAAAUUGAUGCCUCCUUCAACUCAGUGUUAUACUUCAACUGUAUGGACUUCUCAGAGUGUACAAAGCUCACUUGAAGAAGUUCUUCUGCAGUUCAUGAGGAUUUCCUCUUUACUUCAAUUUCAUAUAUUUGAAAACAUGAGUACGAAGUCACAAUUUAGAUGUGCACCUGACGGAGAAAACGAAUUCAUCUAUCUUUCUAAAUAUUUAGGCAUGCUGGACAGCGCUUCAUCGACACCUAUGGACAGCUCAUGCACUUUUUUCGCAAAAUGGCCGAAUUCUCCCAAAUACGUUAUCAACUCAUGGUGCAAGGAGGUUGAAACUGUGGUCUCAUCCGAUCGUCAUACUUCAUUACAAUUGAUGAACAGACAUAAAAUAUGGAAGCAACCAGCGAUCGUCGAUCUACCGGAAGAUUAUACAAACUUAUUCACGAAGUUCAGAGAUAUUACAUGUCCAAGAUGCAAGUUUAAACCACGAGAACCAUGUGUCUGUCUUAUGUGCGGCCAGUUUGUUUGUUACAAAGGAAUGUGUCAACAUCCACGAGACUUGUACAAUGACAAGGAUAAAACUAGGAUUCGUAUUACACCACAAGGUGCAGCGGUCCAUGCUCGACACUGUGGUAAUGGAACGGUUAUUUUGCUUCAUAUUCACAACACUACCGUCAUUGUUGUGAGAGGAUCAAGAUCUUGUGUUUGGGGAACAUUGUACUUGGACCAUCAUGGUGAGGAAGAUCGUGGAUGGAAGAGAGGAAGACGUCUCGUUAUCAAACCACAAAGAUUGAAAUUAAUCAAUUAUCAAUGGUUGAAUCACAUCUUUGAUAAUGCAUGUCGGGGAUGGACCAGACAUAGAAAUCAAAUGUAAAUAAACAACGAAGUUAAAGAUUAUAUGAUUGAAUAUUAAUUCUUCGCCGUUUUGUCAGUGAUUGCCCCUGUUUUAAUAAAAUUUUAAAAGUAUAUCGAUUUUUAGAUGUGCAUUGUCAAUAUUUUUUUUGCUAAUUUUUUCGUGUGAAUUUAGAUAUAUUCUUCAGUCUUAAUUUCUAUCACUAUCUCUUAUAAUACAAGUUGUUAUCUUCUCUAAAAAUUCAAAUUUCAAUGCUCACUUUCAAUUAGUGAAUUUUGCAGUUCAAUGAAACAUUAUUAGCAGUAAAUGCAGCCAGUGUUCCAAAAUUUCUCUCAAACCUAGUCUCCACACAGGCAAUUAUUGUGACAUAAGAAGCUAAUAUGUUUUUGAGUGGACGUAAAUUUUCCUAUCUUACAUAGCCCCGUGAUUAUUAAAAUGGGAAUCGGACUCUGGUGUUUACCUGUGAUGCCUAAAUAGGUCUGACAUAUAUCCAAUGGGCUCCCACAUAGCAUUCUGAAAAUCAGCGUUUUAUGCUAAUUUUGAACCAUGUUGCUUUGACAGCCUUUUAGCGUAGUGCAAGAAAAUAUGUUUCAAAAUACGAAUCGGAAUUAUCGUAAUUCGUGUUUGAUUGAUUUUUUCUUUACUGGUUGAAAAAAUAAACAUGACUUGAUGAUAUUUCUCGACGUAUUUAGCCUAUUUUCUUAAUUCCUCUUAUAAAAUUCAUUUUUUCAUCUUCGAUGUUCCAUUUUUAAUAAUGGAAUAAAAAGUCAGAAUUAAACCAGCUUCUAUUUGAGAUUGGUGGCUGUUGUGUUUCUGUGUGAUCCGCCAUUUUUAAUUUGUGUCAAGUUCCAGUAUAAUUCAUAAUUGCUUUUGCUCUGUAUAUUGAGUGCUUCAUCAACAAUGUGCCUAUCUAUAUUCAAUGCGUAGUUGCAUAGCAAAUAAAAUAUUGUGAAAAAAG